AAGAAGGCGCUUCAUGAACAAAGUGGAUACAACGACUUUUUGAAGAGCAUGAAUUGGUUGACUGCGAGAAAGAACGUUGAGUUCGAUUUCAUUUUGAGUAAUUCCUUCAGCGACUUGCAAAAGACACACGACAUUGUGAGUGCCUGUCGUGAAAGUGUGGACACGCUUAUCAAAGAUAUAGUAGUGAAGGUCGCCAAUUAUAGAGCUGACCGUGGAUGAACAAAAAAAUAAUAAGAAUAAAGAAAGGAAAGGACAAAAAA